ACAGAACAGAAGCGGAUCUCCCGCCAAAUCGCUUUGUUAGGGCGCUAGCUGUUCAGUCGGCCAAUCAGAACGGACCGCGCUCAACGUUCGCGCGCGCGCCUUUAUCAAAAAACCGAUAAUGCUUCCGAAGCGGACUUCGCUAAACAAUAAUAAAAUCACUUAAAAUAAAUCGUUUAUCAACCACAAGCCACAACACUGGCGACUUCCGCGCCGCGAACACAUCCUUUGUUCACAGAAAAUAAAAAAGAAAAAUUAAAAAAUAAACUAAAUCCGCGGCAGUCCGGUUUCGUUCCCGCGCCGAAUCGGCUUCGAAAUGAAAUAAAAAGUUUGCUGGCGGGAACAAUAAAUACUCACAAUGGUGCCGAAUCACUGGGCGCUGGUAGUAUUGCUGGUGCAACUGGUGAGAUGCAGCGAAAACAACGUCAAUAUAGGAGGACCUGAGCCAGCAUGGGGUUACAAAUGCGUGUCAGACGUAGGCUGCCAACGCUCAGACAAGCCCAUCACAGCCUCAGAGACCACAUUAUUCGAGAGCCUGGACUUGUGUCGGACCCUCUGUGGUCGGUUCGGCGGGAUCUGGCCCAGGCCGGUCACGGCUGCGCUGAGCAUGCAGACAGUGAAGAUACAUCCCAAUUAUUUAAGGUUUGACCUCAUCGACGUGCCGGCCGAGACCCGUCCUAUCCUAGUGAAAAUGACCCACGUGGUCACCGCAAACCUGAUGGCGGAAUGUGGCGGCAACGUCACAGAGGUUGUGCACACCCCGGUGGUUGUCUACACGUCAGUAAAGUCCGCGGACACGAGUCUCACGUGGACCACGGAUGAGCAGUAUGCUUUGGAUGUCCAGAUAAAGGAAGAUACAGUCGCCGUCCACAUAUUCGCGGAAACCAUCUACGGCGCUCGCCACGCGCUUGAAACCUUCACCCAAUUAGUCGCAUCAGACCGUCCCGACUUUCCCGGACACACCCGCUGCGGGCUCCGUCUGGUCUCCGGCGCUAAAGUCCGGGACAGACCCGUCUACAAACAUAGAGGCCUGACCCUGGAUACUUCUAGAAACUUCAUACCGCUGAGGGAUAUAAAGAGGACGCUGGAUGGCAUGGCAGCGACGAAGAUGAAUGUUUUCCAUUGGCAUGUGACGGAUUCACAUAGCUUCCCGUUGGAGUCGACACGUGUACCGCAAUUUACAAGAUUUGGUGCUUAUUCAGACUCCGAAGUAUACACAAGAGAAGAAGUAAAAGAUUUGAUAGAGUACGCUAAAGUGCGGGGCAUACGCGUCGUCAUCGAAAUCGACGCGCCUGCACACGCCGGCAACGGCUGGCAGUGGGGCAAGCAAGCCGGCUACGGGGACCUAGCUGUAUGUGUGAACGAGAAGAAUUGGCGGAUGCUUUGCAUCCAGCCGCCUUGUGGGCAACUCAACCCAGCCAACCCUGCGAUGUACCGAGUGCUUAAAGAUUUGUACAGAGACAUCGCAGAAGUGCUGCCCAGGCCUGCUUUAUUCCACAUGGGAGGUGAUGAGGUAUAUUUCGGCUGCUGGAACUCUUCAGAACAGAUAGUGAGCUACAUGAGAGAUAAAGGUUUCGAGAUAAACGCAGAUGGUUUCAUUCGCCUCUGGGCAGAGUUCCACGCCCAAGCUCUACAGAUUUGGGACGAACAGCUUAAAGAAGCCACUGGUGAAGACAAGCAGCCAGUCAUGCUGUGGUCUUCUGAGCUAACUGACCCGCAGAGGAUACAGAGAUAUUUGGACAAAGAGAGAUACAUCAUCCAAGUAUGGGAACCAGUAGAGAGCCCCGAGCUAAUCCAACUCCUCCGCCUUGGUUACCGCGUGGUCUCCGUACCCAAGAACGUGUGGUACCUGGACCACGGGUUCUGGGGCACCACCAAGUUCGCCAACUGGCGGAGAAUGUACGCCCAUAUGCUGCCCAGCAGUGAGACUGGGGUCCUUGGAGGGGAGGUUGCUAUGUGGACGGAGUAUGUCGACCAACAUGUUCUAGACACGCGAAUCUGGCCGCGAGCGGCCGCAGUAGGCGAGCGGCUGUGGUCGGACCCGUCCGCCGGCGCGGGCGCCGCCGAGCCGCGCCUGCAGCGCCUGCGCGCGCGGCUCGUCGCCAGGGGCCUGCGGCCGGACGCGCUGUCGCCGGCCUGGUGCAGCCAGCAUGACGGCAGAUGCUUAUAGUACUCUCAUAUAGACUAAUUGGUCUGCCAACAUUAGAAAAAUAUAUGACAUGAUCACAGUAUAAUGAACGUGUCUUUUAGACCCAGUAGUCCAACUUCGAACAAUAGGGGAUAUUACUGCAAUGUUCUGCCGCCAGAGUGCAGCACUACCGACUCUAGUAAAUUCAUAGACUAACUUAUACGUACUGUGCCUUAAACUGUUUUUUGACAAGUUUUCACAGACAAUAAAAUAUGACAUUGAUGCAUCAAGGCGGUUUGUUAAGAAGGGCCUACCGGUAAACGCGAAACGCGAAAUUUAGUUAUCUGCCUCUUUAUCGCUCGAAUAUGCAAGAGUGAUAGAGAGGCAGAAACCGGACUUUCGAUUGUCGUGUUUCACGGUAGGCCAUGUGAUUGACGGAGUGACGCAUGAUGUGUCAUUGAUGUUUGUUUACUGUAUGUGCUAGUUGUGCCACCUACGCAGAGCUUUGCCUAAUAUUCUCUAUUUAUAAUUCUCGUUCGAAAUUCAAAUCUCAAAAACAUUUGCUUGGGCGCCCCCUUAGAAAACCUGUUGAAAUCUGUCGAGUCGUCACGUGUUUUUACCCGAGAUCCGCUCAUUUUUUUUGUCCGAAGUUAGACUACACGGUAUAAAUCGGUGUAUACUGACAUGAUGGUGCUUUUUUAACGCAUCCAUGGACCAUGGUUGUCGAUAAAUGUUACCUUUGAUGGUUGAAUGUGUGUGAGCUUGGAACAUAAAGUUGACGACUGUAAUAGUAGGUACACGAGCGCAUGGUAAAAUCGCUUCGAAUCUCAACUUGAUUAAAUGAUAAUGAUAGUAAUUAUUACCUAAACUUUUUGACGUAGUAUAACAUUAUGUUGUCUUUAUUCUGCCGUGCUAUAUUUCCUUUAGGUACCUACCUAGGUACUACUAUAUCUAUGAUGUGAACUAGGUGUAUACAUACCUUUGGGAUGGGAUGCGACAUCCGAUAGAAAUGUCGUUCUGACAUUAAUUCCAUAUUCACAUCAAUUGAAAUAUUCCCUUAUUAAUCAUAUUUCUUAUAUCGUCAUAAUCAUAUCAGUUAUCAAUAUAUGUCGAAAAAUGCAACGAGGCUAAAAUAGCAAUAUUUGUCUCUUUCUAGCUGUCUAUCUCACAAUUAGAAACGUAGAAGAAAUUUUUUCCAUUAAGUACCCUUGUAAAAUGUAGUAGAUAUAUAUGUAAGACGAAUGUCGAGUUAUGUAUUAAAUCUUGAACUAGUAUGGUUGAAAUUUUCCAAGGUGAUUUUUUGGACUUAAACCUUAUACCUACUGUUAAACAAUUUGACUUUUAAGUCUUUGUUUAUUUUACGCAGAGCGGUCAACUCCCGUCUUUGGCAAAUGGCAAAGCUACAAUGUGCCAGUAGCAGCACUUAGUAACCGCUGCAUAAAAUAAAUAAAGGUAUUGAUAUUUUCAACAGAUUAGGGGUUUAAGUUCAAAAUAUCACCUCGGAAAAUUUCAACUAUAACAGGUUAUUUAUAAUACACCUGAAUAGCAAAAAAACUUAAAUGUUCUUCACGACUUAUAUAAUUCAAAAGAAAGUGCUUUAUCGGAGAAAAAGAAUUAUUAGCAUUCUGCCCAAUCAAAGUUUUGCAUACUGAUUUGAAGAAUGAUUUGAUUUGAUGGAAGGUAUACAUGUGUAGGUAUUUCACCAAGAUAUACAAUUUCUGUCAAUAUGAUAUUUGGCAGUAAGUAACUAUUUUGUAAUAGUUUGACUAUUCCUCAUAGACAAUAGAUUUGUCUAAUAACUUUGGUGCUUAAUAAUUUACUUAUUUCAUACUGAAUAAAUGUUGAAUCUAUGUACAUGUAGGAUAAAUGUUAUCAUAAUAAUAAUUUGUAAGAAUUAUAAGAGACGUCGAUAUCAGACUGAUUCUAUUUAAUAAGACAAAAGAUUUUAUAAGCAAAUUUAUGUAUGAAAAGUUUUAUAGAAAUUGUGAUAUUGUUUAUAUUGCCGACAAAUAUGAAAUGAAGAUUUACGCCAAA